AUGCCAGCCAUCCAACAGGACAGAAAGCCAAUACUGAAGAAGAGAACUCUCUCUGAAGCUAUUCCAAAACAACCCCUAUUGCAGCAGACUUUACUAUAUGCUAGGCCAAGUCUGAAGGCACAGAAAACAGAUAAUGACCGUAAUCGUACAUCAUCCAACUGUCACAAGUCAAACCUUGGGGAGAGCCUGAGGCAAGUUUCUGGUGUUUCCCCGCAAACUCCUUUUAUUGGCACCCCGGCCAAUACGUCAUCUGCUGGUUUCGGCUCACCUAGGCACCACGUCCAUUUUAACAACGAGGUGGUGCAGUGCGUUGCAGUCAAGGCAGACAGUGAUGAGGAAGACGAAUCGCCGACUACUUUUGAAAAUGACUCGUCUCCGGGGAAUGGCGUUGUCAUGACCGGACAGCAUAUUACACACAUCUACUCCUGCGAUAAGAAUUCUACUUCUCGGAAUGGCAUUAGCAGUAGAAAAAAAACAAUUGCUCCGCUUCCCUCCACCACCCUCAGUUUCCGAGGAGACAGCCCAGAGCCCCAAGCAGGUUCUGUAUGGAGCCGUGGGUUUGGUCAAUAUUCAGCAUCCACCGCUUCUUCCGCUUCCUUUGUUGAGACUCUUCCAACCUAUGGACUGUCAGCAGAUUUCACGAUAGACUAUAAGGACCUUGAUUUCAAUUUCCACACCAAAUCCUUCAAUAGGGAGGAUAACCUUAGGGAGCACAUGGCCAGGGUUCAUCAGAGGCCACUGGAGUAUUAG